GGCCCCGCCUCAGGAGCCAGAGCCAGGUUUCAGUCCCCCGGGCGACGUGGGCGCGCUUCCUGCGGCCGCACAGGUGUGAAAACCACAAAUGUCGUCAGAUGGCAGAAGAUUCAAGAGUCGGGACAGGUCCUACGAUGAGGUCCCAGUAGACUUGUCCUAUCCAGAUGGCACCAUAAGAACCCUCCAGAGUCUUCACAACAGUGAGCUGGCCGUGAGCGCUGAUCCUUUGCCUCCACCCCCUCUCCCAUUACAGCCACCAUUCGGUCCAGACUUCUACUCAAGUGACACAGAGGAACCAGCCAUAGCACCAGAUCUCAAGCCUAUAAGGCGGUUUGUCCCUGACUCCUGGAAAAACUUCUUCAAAGGGAAGAAAAAAGACCCAGAAUGGGAUAAGCCAGCGUCUGACAUCAGAUACAUCUCCGAUGGAGUGGAGUGUUCACCUCCAGCCUCUCCAACAAGACCAAACCACCAUUCACCCCCCAACUCCUGCAAAGAUCCUCACGGAGGGUCAGAAGGAACCUUCAAUUCCCGGGAAGAGGCUGAUGCAAUGCUUCCCCACGAUCCCUAUGGAUCUCUAGGCCGACACACACAAACAGCUCGAACGUACAGUGAGAAGGUGGAAGAGUAUAACCUAAGGUAUUCCUACAUGAAGUCGUGGGCAGGCCUGCUGAGAAUUCUGGGUGUUGUGGAGCUGCUUCUGGGUGCCGGUGUCUUCGCUUGUGUCACAGCUUACAUUCACAAGGACAAUGAGUGGUAUAACUUGUUUGGAUAUUCACCAUCCUUUGGUGUCGGAGGUGUUGGUAGCCUGGGCAGUAUGUAUGGGGGCUAUUACUACAGUGGCCCUAAGACCCCUUUUGUACUCGUGGUUGCUGGUUUAGCUUGGAUUGCCACCAUUAUUAUUCUGGUUCUUGGCAUGUCCAUGUAUUACCGCACCAUUCUUUUGGACUCUAAUUGGUGGCCCCUGACUGAAUUUGGAAUUAAUGUUGCCUUGUUUAUCUUGUAUAUGGCUGCAGCCAUAGUCUACGUGAAUGAUACCAACCGAGGUGGACUCUGCUACUAUCCAUUAUUUAACACGCCAAUAAACGCAGCAUUCUGUCGGGUAGAAGGAGGACAGAUUGCAGCAAUGAUCUUCCUGUUUGUCACCAUGAUUGUAUAUCUCGUUAGUGCUUUGGUCUGUCUGAAAUUAUGGAGGCAUGAGGCAGCUCGGAGACAUAGGGAAUAUGUGGAACAGCAGGAGGUAAAUGAGCCAUCAUUACCAUUGAAAAGGAAAAUGCGUGAAAUGGCUACCAGCUGCGACAGACAAAAAGACCCAGAAGUUAAUUUCAAAGAAUUGAGAGCAACACAUGUGAAGCCUGAACUACUGAGUGGUCACAUCCCCUCAGGCCACAUCCCUAAGCCCAUCGUGAUGCCUGACUAUGUGGCAAAAUACCCUGUGAUUCAGACAGAUGAUGAACGAGAACGCUAUAAAGCUGUGUUCCAAGACCAGUUUUCAGAGUACAAAGAGCUCUCUGCAGAAGUCCAGGCCGUCCUGAGGAAGCUCGACGAGCUGGAUGCGGUAAUGAGCAGGUUGCCACAUCGUUCGGAAAAUCGACAGGAACAUGAGAGAAUUUCAAGAAUCCAUGAAGAGUUUAAGAAAAAAAAGAAUGAUCCUACAUUUCUGGAAAAAAAAGAACGCUGUGAUUACCUAAAGAAUAAACUUUCUCACAUAAAGCAAAGAAUUCACGAAUAUGAUAAAGUAAUGAAUUGGGAUGUGCAAGGCUAUUCUUAAACCUCAUUUGAAACCACCUUUUUUAUGGCAAAUUUAAUAUUUAUUUACUGCCUUUUUGUAUGCUAGUCUCUGUGAUACAGAAGCAAUUACUUGCUGAGUAGGCUUCCAGUUGUUUUAACAUGCCUGCGAUGUAAAACAGUAUGGUUUCACUCAGACAUUUCAAAACAAAUUCAAAUUUACGGAGGCCUUUACUAACAAUAGAAAAAUGCCUAUGUUCAUUUCCAUACAAUUUCAUAUUUAUCUAUCUCGUUAGAAUGUGUCAUCAUUUAUAAUGAUUUGGAGAGCAUAUCCUUGUGAUGUGAUGAGUAAAUACACUGUCAAUUCUGGUGCUGCUUUUUGCUUUUUAACUCAGGCAGGUUCCUAGGAUUUUUCUAGGACAAAUUUCUCUUCCUAGCCAAAAGUGUCAUUUUUUUUUUCCCUUGAAAGGUGAUUGAAUCCAAGAUCACUAUUUACAAACUGUGAUGUUGAGCAAGUUGCUCAGUCUCUCUGUGCCUGUGUCCAUGUCUCUAACAUGGGACUGAUAAUAGUACCCACCUCGUAGGGUGGUUAGGAGGUGAAAUGAGUUCAUACUUGCAAAGCACUUAGAACAGAGUCUGGCACAUUCUAAGCAUUUUAUUGUUGUGUGCCAACGAGUCGAUUCUGACUUAUGGCAGCCCUACAGGGCAGAGUAGGACUGCCCCAUAGGGUUUCCUAGGCUGUAAUCUUCACAGGAGCAGAUUGCCUGGGAUUUUUCUUCCUGCAUAGCUGCUGGUGGCUUCAAACUAUUGAUCUUUCAGUUAGCAGCCGAGCUGGUGCAGAGCCAUUGUGCCACCAGGUCUCCUUGGUGUUUGUGAAAUCUGUAGAAGUUUUUCUGAGAUGGAUCAAUUUAAUGAGUCUGAAGAAAAGGUCCUUAAUGAGCAAACUCAGUCAGCUAACCACAAAAAGCCCCUGUGUCUCCUGACUUCCUUUUCUAUGCUGUUAGCUCUUACCACAUGUAGCCUUAGGCAGAUGCUUCCCUGUGGUUCUGCGCCUUUGGGGUCCAGUACAGCCUCCCUGUCUUCAGUCAGUAUCACCAUGCACACAGCCCCACAGCCCAGCUUAACCUGUGCACAUCUGUAGAAGGAUGUGUGAAUACCGUUGUUCUUUUCUAUCUCUUUCGGACAUCUGCCCUAAAGCCCCUGAUGGUACAUUUACAUGGGAUCUCACUUUGAUUUAUUGAGAUCCUUCAUCUUCCCAAGAAUUGUCUUGGUUUUGGGGCUUUUUUCAUGAGAAACGUCAUACUUUUAUUAAUAUGAACAACAGAUUACCUAACAAAAUGUUAAGAACCAGUAUAACAUAGAAGCCCUGGUGGUACAGUGGUCAAGAGCUCAGCUGCUAACCAAAAAAGGUUGGUAGUUCAAAUCCACAAGUCACUCCUCGGAAACACGGGGGGCAAUUCUACUCUGUCCUAGAGGGUGGCUGUGAGUUGGAAUCAACUCGACGGCAGUGGGUUUGGGUUUGGUUUUUAUUCAGUAGCAUAUAUUUGUAGAUAAUUUCCCAAGUAUAGAAUUUCAGUUUCUGCCUGAUAUAGCUGCCAUUCAAACAGUGGAGCACUUUGACCCAAGCCAUGGUAUUUUCAGUCACCUCACAUGCAUGUGAAAGCUAGUCAGUGAAUAAGGAACACCAAAGGAGAAUUGAUGCAUUUGAAUUAUGAUGUUGGCAAAGAAUAUUGAGUAUACUAUGGACUGCCAGAGGAACAAACAAAUCUGUCUUGGAGGAAGUACAGCCAGAAUGCUCAUUAGAGGUGAGGACAGCGAGACUUCGUCUCAGGUACUUUGGACAUGUUAUCAGGAGGGCCCAGCCCCUGGAGGAAGACAUCAUGCUUGGUAGAGGGUCAGCGAAAAAGUGGAAGACCCUUAACAAGACGGACUGAUACAGUGACUGCAGUGAUGGGCUCAAGCAUAACAACGAUUGUGAGGAUGGCACAGGACCAGGCAGCAUUUCCUUCUGUUGUACACUGGGUCGCUGUAAGUCAGAACCGACUGAACAGUACCUAACAGCAACAAUGUUCAAAGACUUUUCUAAAGUGAUAAACCCUAAGACAACACAGCGUGUGGAAAAGCAGAGGCUUAGAAAGUGUUGGCUACUGAGUGAAUUUCCCAGUUUUUCUUUGUCAGUGAAAUCUUACCUAGUGUUGAUUGUUAAUAUUUUAGUUCCACAUUCUCAGAAUGUGCUUAGGGCCAGAAGAGUUUCAGUAAGAGGGAAGACCUAUGAAAGUUUCACUUUUCUAGUUUAUGUAUUGGGGGCCCCGUGCUAACAUUUCACGUAGGAAAAGUGCCACUGCUUUAAAAAAAAAAAAAAGGUUGAAAUACUACCAGUUUUGUAGAUUUUAAAGAGUUAGAUUAAUAGUGAAAUGAAGUUUUAAGGAAUUUUAACUUUGCAAAACUUUAUUGUACAACAAUUAUAAACAUUAAUCUGAAAACCAAUGUUGAAUGCUGAUUUUUUAAAAAUUUUUAUAUCAAUACCUAAGUGUAUUAAAAUUUCAGUUACCUGUUUUUUUGUGUAUGCCCUUUAUUGUUUGUUUUUCUAGCAUUCCUGUGUUCACGGGGCAUGCUGCUGCUUGAAAAUAUUUUUUGCUUAUCAGAAGAUAAACUGGAAAGUCAUUGAAAACUUGUAGGUCACAAUGUUCAAGUGACUCACUAUCUCCCCCUCCCAUUAUUUGCAAGAAUUCAAAGUCAAGGCCACCUUUGGCAAGUUGUGAGAUUCCCUGCACAUGAUCUUUCUA